AUGGCGGGGGCACCUCCUGCCCUCUCCGGCCUCUCAGCCCGAGAGGUCAGUUUUGAUUCUCACAUCUGGUUAAUAAACUCUUCAGCUUGUAAUGGACUUGUGACAGUUCUGGGCUUCAUGAACCUUGAAUCUGAAGAGUGUUUUUAUGAAAAGGUACAGCAGAGGUGUCUGAGUCUGCAGGAAGCAAAGGUGAAGAUGAUUCACGCACAAAAGGCAAGAGAAGAAAAGGCAAAGAGAGAACCCUGUGACUGGCUGUCCAAAGAGUGGUUCAGUGAGGAGAAAGAGUCACUAGAUACUCGCAUCUAUUUGCUUGACAAACUCCUGCCUACGUUAAUCCCAGGAGUGGAAAAACUGUUAAUGGAAGUGGAGAGAAAGAAUGUGCUUGCACCAGACAAAGAACCACCCAAAUUUAACCCCAUUAAUUUUCUGGGAGAAUAUCUGAUGAGACAUAACCCUCGGUAUAGUAUUCCUACAAAACCGGGCCCGUACCUGAGAGGAAUGAAGAUGGUCACGGAGGAGCUAAAAACUGAGAUGCCGGGUACAACAUCAGAGAGGCUGGCCAGGAUGAAGGCUGAGGCAAAGAGCAAACGUAAGGACAGGGAGCAGGUGGACAGUAUGGAGUCUCAGGUGAAAGAGAUGAGAAAGGAGGCACUGGCAAUUCAGUUCAAAGAGAGGACAGUGGAUGUCAGUGGCAGAAUACCGGUUGCACUGGUUCAGAGUGCCCUGAGGUCUUUUCCAGAUGUGAGAAAACCAAUCUGUGACAGGAAGCUGGAAAUCAUAGAAACGUUGGGGAAAAAAGCAAACAUAGAUGAAUUCACAGAGUAUGUCCAUUCCUACACCAAACAUUUUUCAAAUUACAUGUUCCAAGAAAUCCUGAGGCAUCUCUGUCAGUGUGCUGAUGACUUCCAAGAAGCGAUAAAACAUGAUAUGCAAAUGUUUACCGACCUCUUCCUAGAUUGCGAUUACGGAAAGGUUACUCUCUUGGACAGACAAAAAAUACUUGCCCUGCUGGUAGACUUCUAUGACAGAAGCCCCGUGAUUGCUAAGAGGGGAUUCUGUAACCCGAGACAGUGGCAAAUAAUCGACCUGCAAGAGAUUGAGCUUGCGGAUUUAUGGGGAUGCCUUGAUGACCAGGAAGUUUGUGAGGAACUCAGUGAAAAGUUAGUCUUGCCUCAAACAGGAACCUCUGAGGGAGAGAUGUUGGCAUGUGAACCUGUAGGAGAUAACAGAGAAGGCACAUACAGAAUGAGACCUAGUGCCAGAGAUCUUUUUGAAGCUGACACCGGAGGAAUUUCUAAGGAAGAAACCAAAACAGCAGAAUUAAGUGACGCUGGAGUGAGAAAGGAAGGCGAGGACACUGUGUCAGCGGUGAAAAGCACUGAUUUUGGAGCUAGUGAUCUGGAUGGAGAUGCCAUACACAGGGAGAAAGCCAGUUCCAAUGAAGACAUCAAAACAGAGAGGCAAACUGAGCCUGCAAGUGCAGACAGACAGGAGGAAGCUUUCCCAGGAUUAGCCUCUACUGGGUACAGUCUCAGUAGAGAUGGAGAACCUGGAUCUGAAAAACAGGUGGAGGAAGAGGAAUUUAGCCCGGGUAGAGAGCCUGAUACAGAAACAAAUAGGGAAGAAGAUUAUUGUAUCUUGGACAGAGAACCUGGCUCAGAAGGGCAAGUUAGUCAGUAGGAGGAGAAGUGAAUUGCAGAAGCAACCGAGACAAUUUCAGGACCAACACCUGAAGCUACAACCAUGAUCUCAGAAGACAGAGCUGUGGCAGACACGGAUGUCAUUGCUUCAAAACAGGAUGCUCCAGUUGCAGAGGUUGUGAAAGAAACUCCUGCAGAGAGUUUUUCUAGGCAGCAUGGCAGCCAGUUUGGCCAACAGACAAGCUCAGAGACAAGACUGCAGGAUGAGGACCUUCUGCAAGACCAGGGUAAAGACUUACGUCCCGUCAUGGCAGAGAUUCAGAACCGUUGGGCCUCUCGUGCUAGGAGUGCCUUUGAUGAAAGCUGCCUCAACCUGCCACAGUUUGUACAGCUCAUGGAGACAUUUGUUGGUGAAGACAUUUCUCUGCCUACUGUGAAGAGGCUUAUUGCAUUUAUCAAAGAAGAAUACAAACAGACAGAAGAGGAAAAAAAUGAACAACUAGAAAAAGUUCACGGCAUCUCUCGCUUGGCCCAACGGAAACUGCUUUUGGAGGCACUUUUUGAAAAGUGGGACAACAAUGCAUGUUUUCUGGACCUGGAAGAGGUGGAUGCUGUUCUAAGCACGUUCAAGGAAGGGAUGGAAAAAGAGGCCUUGAGGAAAGCAAAGAAACACCUUUGCUCCCGUUACCCACGGCUCAGCAGAGUGGGGAAGCUAUCCCCAGAGGCAUUCCAGACUUCCCUUGAGUUAGUUGCUUCCGAGUUCACUGGUGAGGAGGAUGAACCUCUUGAUAAUUUGGUGGAAUUUCUGACCAGAAGUGUGGAACGAGGUCACAUGGAAUGCUUGCAAAGCUUAACCGGGAGCAAAUGGCUGCACAAUAUCCAGCAAGCAGCUAAGACCAGUGGAGCAAGCACGGAACCAGUUUACAAAGCGGUGUUUGAGGCCCUCUCCCAGGAUGCGGGAGCCCGUGGGGAUAACAAGAAGAUCAGCGCAUAUAUUGCCCUUUUGGAAAAGAACCAGCUCUCACCAGAGCGGGGACAGAUUCUCCUCCACUACGUGGCAUGUACCGCAGCAGAUGCUCUGUAUGUUCUAAACCAGACACUGUACAGAGACAUGAAAGGAGUAAGCUUUGCAGCUGUCAAAGAGGGAAAGCCAAUCCAUGUUCCAAGAGUUCAGCUCCAUGGAAAUAUCCACUUUUGGAAUGAUGACCGCCCAGUGGAGGAGAGAAAAGGUUCGUUCCUGGUACUGCCACUGCAUGAUGCUCGCUGGGGAGUCUUUGGCAUUUCAGGACUUGAUACCCUUUUGGACCAGCGUGAGAAAACCAUCUUUCUGACUCAUGAGAUCAGUUUCUGUCAGCUGGUUUCUCAGGCAUUCAGCAAAGCCUACCACCAUAUCUGCACGCUGGAAAAUGUUCUAUAAAUGACAGUUGCUGCUCUGGACUGGUUGUAUCCCAUGGCACCCAGCAUCUACAACAUUGUUAUGUACCUGGUGGUGGAUUACUGCAGCAAAAAGGCCUACGCGGGACUAUGCUUUGCGCAAAACAUUGCUACAGGUAACACGGGACAAAAAGAAAUUCAUAGUUCUGUUCUCCUCAGAAAAGAAAACCUCUUAAGAGAUUACCUGUUUAAGUGUAUAGACAGCUCAGAGGUCAUUGGCACUUCUGUCUGUGGGGAACACCACACUGCAGCACCUCUCCGUGACCUGUGAGGACAAGCUCUUGGUAUAUUUGGUAUCAGCAUUGGACACCACCAGAAAUUACCACCUCAUGAACAAAAAGACCAGCAGAAAAUGCUGAAGAUGGCCCAAGCUGCCGGCUCUGAGAUACUGAAGAUGUCUUUAGAGGAAACAGAACCAACCUAUGUACUGGGUUUGCUUUUGAUUCCGGAGGCAGAACACGUGGCAAAUUGGAGGCACACGGGGAUUCUCUUCCACUGGUUCAUGCUGCAGGACCUGCGCGAGUGUGUCCAGAAACUCGCUGCUGAGAGCUUUGCUGAAAUAAGGAGCUAUGCAGAACCGCCAGCUCCGGUACAUAACGUAGUCAAGGCUGUGCUGUGGCUUUUCCAUCCAAACUGGAAGGGCUCAGAGAAGACUGAGAACUGCAGUCAGUGUAAACUGAAACUUGAUGACAAUUUGAUUCAGGAGAUUUAUUGCUUUGAUCCAACUGCUGCAUCUGUGCAAGUGCAAGCAGAGGCGCUGCUGGGCUGCAUCACUGGCGUACCUAGAGUGGCGGGGUGGCAGCACGGCUCAGCGCCAGCCGAGUACCUGUACCACUGGGCACACACCUGCCUGUCGCUGGCAGAGAUCACAAGGAGCCCACGCAGCAAAACCCCCUGUCCCUUCUGA